UUAAUUUUAGGUUAAAACAUGGAUAUUUUUAGCUUAGUAGGCAUUUAAUUUUGUUUCAAUUUGAAAGACGAAAAAUAUAGUCAGUUUUUGUCUAGAAUUUGAAAAGGUGGUUUAAAGAGCACUCUUCUAUGGACGAUCGAAAGGAUCCAAAAUCCGAGCCAAAGAUGCGCCGAAAGAAACGCUAUGGCUCAGGCGAUGUUUGCACUAUUUGCUUACUUCCCAAGAAGGAGGCAGUGGCCACCAAGUGCGGUCACUCGUUCUGCAAAAAAUGCAUCUCCCUGUACUUGCACUACAUUAGCGACAAGGAUGUGCUCUGCUGUCCAGUCUGCCGCACUGAUGUUGAAUCGUACAGCGAUGAGGAGUAGAGGACACUGCACAUCGGAGAGCUUCCCCUAAGCUUUCACAACUGAGCUUUCGCCAAAGAAUUGUGUGUUUUAUGUCAUUUCAAUACACCAUAGUGUACAUCA